UUGCUAGUGACAUAAACAAAAUGUACUACGAAAACAAAUAACACUGAUAAAUUCGAUUGUUCAUUAUGAAUAUAAAGACGAUGCCCGACUGAAAUUAUGUUCAAAGUUUUCUCAGCUGAAGUGUACACACAAGCAAUUUCGUUCCCGUGAAAUCGAAUUCAUUUAAAUUUGCAGCUGAACAGUUGUUAUCAUUGUGAAAGUAAUUCAAGUACCCUCCAAAAUGAAAUCAUUUUUGAUAGCUGUUGCUUUGAUUGUCGUCAGUCACUGUCAGACCACAUUGUGCCGCGAGUAUGAGUCCAGCGAGUCGGAAUUCGAAGAACUCACUGAGAAAUUGUUCAGAGAAAGCGCACCAAACAUAUUCCCUUAUGUCAAAGUUAAUCUACAGAGCUCAACGUCUUCAUGGUCACGUUCGGAUGAUGCUGAACAACCGCUUUUGAAUGUUGAUGAGUCGGUGGUGUAUAAAGUGCCAACAAUUGCGAAAUUGGUUGCACUUUUCGAUAAUUAUGAACUAGAUGCGUCAGACAGUGAAGAGGUGACGCCUGAAGAGCAGAUUGAAGAAAUGGAGUUCAUUGAUGCAGUGCUCGAUACGCAAGUUAUGCAAACCGCCAUGAAUUUCUUACAUAAAAAAGGUUACAUCAGAUCAAGUCGGGAUGCCCAAUUUGAUCUACUGAGGGACAUUUGGUUUGGAAUGUACCCACGGACUAGAGGAAAUAUCGGCAGCUCUGGCUUUGAACACGUGUUUCUCAAUGAAAUGAAAUAUGGUUCACCGAUUGGGCUUCACAACUGGAUUUAUUUUCAUCAUAAAGAAAAUGUCACUGGUAACGUUGAUUAUAAAGGCUAUAUGGACAGCCUUUUGCUUGGCAAUAAAGGACAAAUUGUUAAAUAUCGUUUUUCUUUCGAUGGCGUCACCAAACCAGUCAAUUCCAUGUUUAUCGGAACAUUGCCUGAGCUCGAUAUGGCCCUUUUUACUGUCUGCUUCGAAAUGAAUAAGACAUACUGUCAAAUUUCUUUGGAUGGAAAUAAACUCACUAUUCGCACUUUUCCAUUCAACUACCACGGUAAGAGGAUGGUCGGUGCAACGUAUCCAGUGAUAUAAUUGUUGCAUUCCAUCUGAGUGUUUUGUAAAUGUCAAUAAAAAUGAUAUCAGUCUUUCUUUUCAUGCACACACAAAUUUAGUAUCAAUAUUUGGCGUUCGUAGAAUAAUUAUACGUUGCAUCCUUUCAUCGAUCAAUUUAUAUUCAAAUUUAGAAUAAUAAUAAACAGAUGUUUCUGAAAAUGGUUU